AUGCCCCAAUCCUCCUCCUCGCCCUCCGACUCGACUUCCUCUUCACUUGUGCAUGUCCUGCUGCCUCCCGACCCUAGCCAAUCUCAAUCUCAAUCUCACUCUCAACUUCAAUCUCAAUCUGCCUCUGUUUCCGUCUCGGGUGCUGCCAGUGCCGUGUCAUCCUCCCCCGACCCCAUUGACCACAACGACGCCCUCCCCUCCUCAUCCUUCUCCUCACACGACCACGACCACGACCACCACACUACUGAUACCACCAACCGUCGCCUCCUGAGCCCGUCACCUCUGCUCCUCCCACCACCCACCGCACCCUCGCCUGGACACGCGAUCACCACGGAUAACACACCUUCGAACCCGGAUGGUCCACGGCCACGAGACGUCGUUACCGCUCCUACUGCCCACGCAUCGUUGCGCCAGGGCCCUUCUUCUUCCUCCCUCAACACCGCCGCUCGAGAGCACUCUCCUCCCGUCACCGCCGACGACGACGAGAUCGAAAUGGAGCCAUUGAAAGGAACCGGUCACCGCCGGCGCCGCAGCUCGCUCAUGCAAAGUGCCGGCGCCAGCAACCACCAAAGAGUCCCGUCAAGGAAUCAGGGGAACAUGCUGGAAGAGCCAAAGAUAUCAGAGGAGGACCUUGGAGCAACACCAUCAGCAUCCAAGAAUAUCGACGACGACAGCUUUUCCGACGAGGAUCUCCAUGAUGACGAGGAGACGGGUCUGACCAAAAAGGAUAAGAGGAGGAAGAAGCAAAAGAAGAGGAACAACACCCGGUUAGAUCAGCGCUUCGUCCGCGGCGAAAUCUCGGCCGAGGAGAAGAAGGAAGCAGAUCAAAACGUCUUUAGGAAAUCCGCCGUCAACGUCGCCCUGAUCUUGCUCUGGUACUUUUUUUCUCUAAGCAUCUCACUGUAUAACAAGUGGAUGUUUGACGAGAACCGCCUCAACUUUGCUUUCCCUCUUUUCACGACGGCCUGCCACAUGUUGGUACAGUUCGGCCUCGCAUCAUUAGUGCUAUUCUUAAUACCCUCCCUGCGCCCGUCCAAUGGAGUGCGCAACUCAGAUUUGGGGCGCUCGCGGCACGAAUCCGAGCCCGAUCGACCUCUCAUGACCAAGAUGUUCUAUCUGACACGCAUUGGGCCGUGUGGCGCCGCUACCGGUCUCGAUAUUGGACUCGGAAACACCUCGCUCAAGUUCAUCACCCUCACGUUCUACACCAUGUGUAAAUCGUCUUCCCUAGCGUUCGUUUUGAUCUUCGCCUUCUUGUUCAGACUCGAGAAGCCCACAUGGCGCCUUGUGGCUAUCAUUGCAACAAUGACUGCGGGUGUCGUUUUGAUGGUGUCAGGAGAAGUCGAGUUCAAAGUCAGCGGGUUCAUCCUCGUCAUCUCUGCGGCCUUCUUCUCAGGAUUCCGAUGGGGCCUGACACAAAUCCUGCUCCUUCGCAACCCGGCAACGUCGAACCCCUUCUCCAGCAUCUUCUUCCUGGCGCCCGUCAUGUUCCUAACGUUGAUCGUUAUCGCCAUCCCCGUCGAGGGUUUCCCCGCUCUCAUCGAGGGCCUGAAGGUCCUCGUCGCCGAAUGGGGCGCCGUCACAACGCCGCUGUUCCUGCUCUUCCCCGGAUGCAUCGCCUUCCUCAUGACAGCCUCGGAAUUCGCUCUGCUGCAGCGUACCUCUGUCGUGACGCUUUCCAUCGCCGGUAUCUUCAAGGAGGUCGUGACAAUCUCCGCCGCCGCCAUCGUCUUCAACGACCGCCUCACGCCCGUUAACUUUGUCGGUCUCGUCACCACCAUGGGCGCCAUCGUCGCGUACAACUACAUCAAGAUCACUCAGAUGCGCGAGGACGCCCAGAAGGAGGUUCAGCGCGGCCACAUGGAGGUUGCGCACGCCUCGGGCGCCUCCUCGAGCGGCAGUGAUAACGACGACGCCAGCGGCGAGGAGGCGGGCCUGCUGAGAAAUAGCACCGAUUAUGAGGACAACCUCGUCACUGCCGACGGCGAUAUUCUGCCUAACCCAGGACACACCGCGCACGAGUCAAGGACAGCCCAGGCCCACCGCGACAACUAG